UGGUGUUAGCUAUAAGUUCAAAACUGUGAGGCUUCAGAAGCUUUCAAGUCACCUUAUUCGGCAAGUUCCUGCUCGUAAACAGGAUAUGCAACAUGAAUAGCUGGCCAACAGCUUGCACAGGACUGAGACUGAACAACACGCACAUGCCAAUGCUGCAGGAGUGGCUGAAGGAUGUCCUGCUGUGAUUUAGGGGACACUUAAGAGCACAGAUUUCACCAAACGAUGCCUGAGCGGGGGUGGUUUUCCAAGCACGAUGCAGAACCUGUUGCAGUCGGGAAGUCGCAGUAGCACAGACGCAUCGCUCCGGGUGCGUGUGACAGAGCUGGAGGUGGGCGGAAUGUCUGGCGGUGAGAAUGGCUGGAACUCAAACGCAGGGACUGAUAAUGAAGGAAUUACUCACCUCGAGGUAUCGCAGCAGAGCCUCCCGGUACUGAAGAGCCACAGGCGGAGCUGUGAGGGGUCUGGUGAGAGCUGCUGUACCUCAGCGCCCAGCGGUUCCUGGGGGGAGUUUGAGGGCUUCAAGGAACCCUUGGGCAAAUGGCAUCCCAGAGCUGAUAUUUUGCUGAAGUCAAAAAACACUUCUGAUGGUGGUACAGGCGUGAGCAGAGGACACUGCAGUGCUGCUGCCGGUCACUUCUGUUCCGAGCCAUCUCUACUCAGUGAGGCUUCCAGCUCUCUGAAUGAGGCAGACCACUGCUAUGAGGGUAUAUUUAAGUCAGGCUUUCCAGAAGUCCUUGUAUUGCAGUCCAGCGAGAGCAUAAGAAGCCUGGAUCAAGUAGUUGAUGUGAAUAAUGAAGAUGUUGGGAUUCCUGAACUUACAAAUAAUCAACUUUGCAUCGAUUCUGGAAACAUAUGGAGAACUCUUAGAGACUUAGAUAAUACCUCCAGAUUAAGACAUCCCUGGAGUAAAUCUCAUUGCCAAGAAAACCUUCUGAGUGUCCUUGGAAUAGAUACAAAUCGAAUGGACUUUCUGGAGAGCCAGAAUGACGUUACUGAGGAAUCAAAUGCUAAAGAUAAUGAAGACUUCAGAUUUGACGGAUUCAGUAUUAAUAACUGCAAAGCACUGAUCCAGACCAAGCUUUCUGUAUCACCAGAUUCCCAACAGGAUCAGCUCUUCACCUGUAACCUCUUUCUGAAAACCACAUCAUCAAAUGGGAACAUGCAGUAUAUAACAAUCCCAAGGAAGAAGCACAUUUUCAGUACACCCAACCUAAACGUGAAAUUUUUCAACAGUGAUGUUUGUUGAACCAAAUGCACUUGUUAAUUGUUUUCCUUCUUUUUGAACUGAAUGCAUUUUCUUACUGGCUUUGUACUGGUGACUGCAGAUGAUCGUUAGGAAAGUUACUAUUACUGUACAGGAGAUACCUAAAGCUACAUUAUUAGAAGGAAUUUAUCUCAUGUAGUUAUGAAGUCAAGGGUGUAAUUUUGUCCUGAGAAGUUUUGCUGCUGAUUCAUCUUUCUUACAGUAAAUCCAGCUGCAAUCACACUUUAAAAAUCCUCUGGACUGUUCUUUGGAAUUACUGACCUUUCAGGCCUCUGAAAAACCUGGUUUCCAUGCCAAAACCUGAACACACCUCAAGUGUGUUGUGAAGUGACACCAUCUCUUCUGUUUGGUCCAAUCUGAAUCUGUUGAGAUCUGCUGCUUUGCCACUGCUUAGCACGAUGAAGUGAGCCUUCUGCAGCCUGUGGCUUUCAUUGGGGUUGAGGAAGGUAGAGCUGUGCGUUGUGAGAGCCUGCUGUGGUAAUACAGGUAGUCAGUGGAACGAUUGGAUUGAAAAUGUUUUGUCCUGGCGUUGGUUGCUAACUGAAAUAAAUUGCAUCUUUGAAGCUGAUUGUGUCAGGCCCUCUUGGAUUCAUUCAGCAGACAUACACACAUAGGCCUGCUUGCCACAGCUUAACAGCAGGAUUUGUACCACACAGUGCUGUAAACCACGGCCCUAAACCUGUUGAAGCUUGCUGUUCUAGCCACUCUCAAUAUGGGAACUUUGUACAACUUUUUCUUUUUUAAAGAAGUUGUUAACUCAUUCAAGCUCAUCCUAAAGAAAAUGCUGAAGCACUGCAGCACUGAUAUUCCUGAACUAAGUUGGUUCAUUAAUGAUGCAUCUUCUCUACUCUUGGCAUUAAGAAUACCACACAACUCCGCCAGACUCCGAUUCUUCAUCCAGCAAACUGUUCAGCAGGGCAAUUGCAGUUGCUCUAUCUUAGUAAUGCAUAUGAUACCUCAAUGCUAUUAGCAUGAAACCAAACUGUAUGGUGGUCCUCUUAAACAGUUAACAGAGCCUUUGGAAAAGUGCUGUUUGAAAGCAGGCAGCUCAGCAGUUUCCCAUCCUCUCAGAAGGAGUUCUGCAGGGCUGGGCUGAGGACUCCAACUGCAUUCAGUAGCAGGGUGAACUUUUGCACCUAGCACUGGAUUCGAAAUCAGCUUGAAUUUCCCCUGUAAGUCUUUCAGAAACAUAAAGGUGGAGUCAGUGGUCUGUAGUAACAAACUCAGUAAAUGCUAGCGAAUUGCCAAUAAGUUAAGAAUAGAAAUUUGAGGUUGGUAUUGAAAACAAUUAUAAGAAUAAAAUCUCAUUUUUAUUAUUUCAGGGAAGCACGGCCCUAAAGAGGGUCCUUGAGAGGGCAUUUUUUAGUGUGUUACUGUUAUCUUUUUGCAGGUUUUGCUUUCACUGACAUUAGAUGAAUGUAUCAAAGAAUUUUUGCACCAUUCCCCCAGGGGAAGAGUGAAUACAUAAACCUCAGUCACAGAAGCAGUCUUGCAGCCCUGUCUAAGGGACAGGGAAAGGGAAAUUUCAGCCCUGUGUAAUACAAUUCAGCAUGGAAAAAACUACUGGCCUUCCAAAGAUGAUGGUCUCUGUGUCUCAGCUCUUUUUUUUUUUGGGGGGUCAGAUGCUCUGGGCUACCUGAGUGCUGCAGCACAUGGCAGGUGAGAGAAGAUCUGUGACUCCUGUCUUCAGUCUGAGCUCAUUUAUUCAAAGAAAAGGACUCACAGAUAGGAAAUUGUAAAGCAAUUCAAUUCAGCAUCAAGACUGUGGAGUCCCAGCUGCCUGCCUCAGAACUAGGACACCAGCUGUUUGGGGGAUACUCACACAGAAAGGGAGACAGGCCUCUCCAAACUUGUUAGUAGAUCAUUUUCAGCUGUAGAGCAGCCUUGCCUUCUAUUCUUAUCUUUGGAAACAAGGGGUGACGGAAAACCCUAUGAUGCGCUUUGCACAAAUACUCUCUGUUCAUUUCCUUUUGUCAUUUCCUUGUUGCCUUCCUGGGCACGAAGCCAAGCCUGCUAACAAUCGCCACUCACCAACUCCUGAAAUACACAAUUGUAUGAAGUCGGAGCAGGUGUUCGUUCUGUGAAAAUGAUACAGGGAGGAGAAGCUUCAAAACUUAGCGUGUUUUAAGCUACGAAUUUCAUCACUUCCAAUCUUACUUUUGAGCUCCCAACUGUGAAAUACUCCAGUUUUGAUAAACUUGUCGCUGUACUCUGCGUUUGUGAAAGGUAAAUACCACAGAGCUUGGUGUUUGCUCAUGGUUUUGAAAAAUGAAAACUAAAGCAAGGUGAGAGUUUUACAUUGCAGAGCUGGACAGAAAUGCAUUUUUCCUCCUGUUUGAAACUAGAGGGAAAAUACGUCCAUAGAACAAAGUUCUACAAAGUUCAAAUCAGAGAUGUGGUUACAAAAAUGGUUCCUCUAUAGGAGGAACGUUGUCUACAGUUUUGAGUAAAAUAGAACAAAAAAAAAAAAAAAACCCAAACAAUCCCAUUGUGAAAGACUGAAAACAUUUGAAUGAUAUUCUGCUCAAUGCUGUAAUCUCUUAGGGACCCUUAUUCCAACAAUCAAUCCUUAGAGUUGAACAGAGCAGAGAGGCACGGUUUGGGGAGGUUCUGUCUUUGAAGCAUCACAUUCCUACUGCUAGAGCUUAUUUUUAGAAGUCCAAAUUAAAAUACAUAUAAUUUGAUAACAUAAACAGCAAUCCAGACCCCAGUAUGAGUACACCUGUGAGUAUACACUCUAAGUAUUCCUCAGUAUACUGUAGACCCUCCAUUUCUUAGGUAUAUGAAUUUUAAAAAAGCUUUAGAUGCUGGCGUUGAUCCCUAUAGAUUUGUCUCCACAUGAGGAGUGCUCCUGUCUAUGGGCAGGAGGCCCUACUCUAACUCACUCCAAAGUGCUGCAGUCAGAGGUGAACACAGAUUACAGCACUUAUAAGAUACAGCAUUUAUAGACCGACCUUAAGAGUGAACCUGGGAGUAGCCCACCAAUACUUAUUCCUAGUCCAGUUAAAACAGCAGAGAAAAUCUAACUAAAAACAAGCUGCAUUCAAAUUAAAUGUUAAAUCCACAAAGCCACUUAGAUUUGAGUUUACCUUCAUAGAGUGAAGGGGGAAAAAAAAAAGCAAAAAAACCCAACAACCAUGCAGCUCACCUUAAGUGCCAAAGCACAGCCAGUCCAGAACAGUUCUAUCUGGGUUCUAAUGAGGGAAAAAUGUAUGGAAUGAAGGUUACAGGUUUUUCUUUUUCUUUUUUCACUAAAGGCAAGAUAAUGGUGAAUACUAGGAUAUUAGAUAAAUACCUGAAAGCCAAACAACUGCCCACUUCCACGAAUGCUUGAUUUAAUAAUACGUACCUCACUGAUGCAUCUUAAUAGCUUAACUCUCCUAAUACUGGUUUUUAAUAACUCAAAAUUAGUUUGGGAACUAAUUAUAAUUCAUUUUCCUUGCAGAACUCAUGCACAGGUUACCUUCUUGUGUGUACUUCCCUGCUGCGUGAGCUGGAAAUUACUCUUGCUCCAUCUCCCAGUACACAGAACAUUGAUCCAACCAGAGCGUUCCAAGUGCUGCCUACACCUCCCCUGCCAGCCAUGCUAUACCAGCACUGUGCAUCAUGUUGAAGCUAGAGCCUUCAGAGUGGCUAAAACUGAGGUAAGCAAAUAGAGAAAACUCUCACUACAUUUGAAGUCUCAGCAUGAUCUGAUUCCCUCAUUUUCUUAAUAUGCUGCAGUACUGUACCUUCACGAAGGCAGCUUUCCUAUUAGUGAGUUUCAGGACACAUCACGUGAGCGGCUCUGUGCUGCUGCAAUGCCCCCACAGCCAAAAGCACGUUUCUGGGGAGUCACCUCCAGACUCACAUUGAUCAGGCUGUGCUCAGCAGCCUCUGUGGCAACAGGCAGGAGGGGUGCCUCACAUACAAGCUGCAGUCAGUAGCUCUACCAUUAAGAUGAGGGAUUCCCACUCUUCUGCAGUGAACUUCAUUGUAGUGGUUGACAACAGGAAGAGAGCAGAGAACUUUAAACUUGAAGUCAUCAGUGUAAUCUCCAGUAGGGACCUAUGGAAAAACGUCACAUCUUUGAGAGGAGAGAGAGGACUGAAGAGUGGCAAAGGUCAUUUGUUUAUAAAAGAAAUACUGAAGACUUCAAAAUAUAAAUGGUUAAACUGCAAAACUGUGGCUUUUAUUUCCAAACAUACAAUAAAUAGGUCCACCACAACUAGCCUCUAACUUCAUUUUACAUGGAAGGAUUUUAAAAUUAGUUUGUGCAUAUUUAAAAAAAAAUAAUAAAACUUCCCUUUGCACAUAAUUCCAUACAUAACCCAACUGCAUUACAUACCAGCUUACGGUCUUGGCACUGUGAUGCAAGCAACCAAUUGGAAACGGAGCUUUGUGGCAAGAGAUUGAACAGAAAUCACAUUUUGUACUGUUGAUGAAACGUACCAACAAUUUAAUCUAUGUCUGAAGUGUACAAAAAACUUUUAGCAUGUAAAUGCUGAAAAGCAAGUCUCCUUGUGGGGGCUGCAAGGUAAGUGGAUUUAUUAACUGUUUGCUAUUUGCUACAUGAUAUAAUUUUCAUACCAAAAUACCUUUACUGCAUAGUAACAUUCCAUAUUUUCAAAUGCAAGAAGAAAUUAAAUGCAGUCUUUUUGCUUUACUCCUCGUCGCUGAAUUUAAAGACAUUUUUAACCAUAACUCUGCUUCAUCACAGUGCAGAAGGCCCUUAAUAUUUCAAGGAUUUAUUCAGGCAUAUCUUUAAUACAAAAGUAGAGGCUGAGGAAAAGCCAGAGUAGUCUAUACACAAUGCACAAUCUGUGUACAUUCUGAAGCUGUACCUCUUCAAGAACUACUUAUACACUCUUCAAACAAAUCCCUUUAUCCAGCAAUUCAAAAUACUUUAGAUCAGAAGUUUUAUAUUAGAAUCAAUACAUUAUAUGCAUAUAAAUACAUUUAUACCCUUCGGUUGCUGAACAACCCAGAUGGCUGUGAGGAUGUGACCUGAACUGGUUCUCCACUGGUCUGGGAUACCAAACUGUAUUGGCAGCUCACUGUUAACACAGUCACAGUAAGAAAUGGAGAUCUUUGCACAAGGUAGGUGUGCUACAGCAUCAGUUAAGACUAGAAAUAGUAGGUGACAUCCUGGCACCUUCAGCAGGGCCAGGGCUCCAACUUUUGAGAUGCAACACCUGGGCAGUGUUUUCUUUCUCUGCAUAUGCCCCGUUCAUUUAGAGUCCCAGCAGAACAAAAACAAAACGAACAAAAAAUAAAACCAAAGCAAAGCUUUUACCACUACAAAUUUUCUUAUGAGACAGGUGCUGCAGCUUUCAAGAGCAAAGCAGAAUUCUGUCAUUAAAAAAACAAAACAAAACAAAACUCCCCCCCCCC